AUGGCGCUGUCCCCACUCCUUGUCAUCCUAACAGGCGCUGCUCUCUCCUAUCUCAUCUACACCCGCAUCACCCUCUAUCGAGCACGACAGCGCUUCAAGAAGGAACACAACUGCCAGCCAUGCACAUCCGUCUUCCACAAAGACCCCAUCCUCGGCCUCGACGCCAUGAGAGUCAUGGCUUACAACAGUAAGCACCACAUAACCUUGCAAGAAAACAAAAGACGGUUCGAAAAAUAUGGAAACACGUUCCACAAUCGCAUCAUCAACACGCCUCUGAUUGCAACGUGUGAGCCCGAGAAUAUCAAGACGAUGCUGAGUCUGCGGUUCAAGGAUUACAGCUUUGAGCACCGUCAGGCCGGGUUGGGACCGCUGCUGGGUCAUGGCAUCUUCAAUGCACAGGGAGAACGGUGGGCGAAUAGUCGGCAACUGCUGCGGCCGAAUUUUGCAAGAGAUCAGGUGGCGGACCUCGACGCGUUUGAGCGCCAUUUCAAACUCAUGAUGAAGCAUAUCCCGCGUGACGGCACGACGGUGGACUUGCAGGACCUAUUCUUCAUGCUCACGAUUGACUCGGCGACCGAGUUCUUGUUCAACCAUUCGACCAACACACUGCGCAUGGCUGGAAACGAUGACGCCCACAAUGAGGAUGUCAUCUUCAGCAAGGCGUUCAACUUUGCACAGUUUGACAUUACGAAGCGGAUGCGACUGGGGCCGUUGGAUCGCUUCCGGAGUAAUGAGGAGGGUGAACGGGCGAUCAAAAUCUGCCACGAGUACAUUGACAAGUUUGUCGAGGACGCGCUGCGGUUCAGGAAAGAGUUGGAUGGGGAGAAGAAGGCGGGUGGGGAGGCCAAGGACGAGAAGUACUACUUUAUCCAGGAGGUGGCGAAACAGACGACGGACAAGAAGAGGAUACGUGAGGAACUGAUUAAUAUCCUGCUGGCGGGACGCGACACGACGGCCAGUUUGCUGAGCAACAUGUUCUUCGAGCUUGCUCGGCGACCGGAGAUAUGGGCGAAGCUGAGGGAGGAGGUGGAGAGUUUGGGAGGAGAGCGGCCGUCGUAUGAGCAGUUGAGGGGCCUCAAGUAUCUCAAAUGGUGUUUGAACGAGUCCCUACGCACCCAUCCCGUCGUGCCCAACAACUCCCGGCUCGCAGCCUGCGACACAGUCCUCCCGCGCGGCGGCGGCCCAGACGGCCAAGCACCCCUCUUCGUCCCCAAGGGCACCAUCAUGGGCUACUCCGUUUACACGAUGCACCGGCGCAAAGACCUGUAUGGGCCCGACGCGGACAAGUACGACCCCGAGCGGUGGGCCACACUGCGCCCGAGCUGGGAAUAUCUGCCCUUCAACGGCGGACCGAGAAUCUGCCUAGGACAGCAGUAUGCGCUUACCGAGGCGAGUUAUGUGACGGUGCGCAUGUUGCAGGAGUUCAAGGCCAUGGAGAGCCGGGAUGCUGAACCAUGGAUUGAGGGGUUGACGCUGACGUUGUGCUCGAAGAAUGGGGUCAAGGUUGGGUUGACGCCGGCUUAG